AAACAUUACCACUUCAUAGUAUAGUUCAAGUGAUGAUGAGAACACCAAUUAGCAUUAAUGAUGAAAAUGGUUUGAAGAAAGGUCCAUGGAGUCCAGAAGAAGAUAAAAUAUUAGUGGAUCAUAUUCAGAAACAUGGUCAUGGAAGUUGGAGAGCUCUUCCAAGGCUUGCAGGAUUGAACAGAUGUGGAAAGAGUUGCAGAUUAAGAUGGACUAAUUAUCUAAGGCCUGAUAUUAGAAGAGGAAAUUUUUCUGAUCAAGAAGAAAAUCUCAUUAUCAAUUUACAUGCACUUCUUGGAAAUAAGUGGGCAGCUAUAGCAACACAUCUUCCAGGAAGGACUGAUAAUGAAAUAAAGAAUUUUUGGAACACACAUUUGAAGAAAAAGCUAAUGCAAAUGGGUUUAGAUCCAGUGACACACAGGCCAAGAACAGAUCACCUAGACCUUCUUAACAAUCUACAACAGAUAAUAUUGAAUGCUGCAAAUAUUGUCACAAAUUGUGACAUAAAUAAUAAUGCUCUAAUUAGGCUACAACAACUCAUGACUCUUUCUUCAAACUCAUCACAAAGUUUGAUAAAUGAUGUUUUUGGAAUUAAUAAUAAUAAUAAUACUCACUCCAAUAAUUACCUACAAAACUUUUAUGAUGGUUCCAAUAUUGGUUUUUCUUCUUCUCAAAUAAUUGAGCCUAAUUUGCAAAACUUUGAAGACCCUCUUCAGCAAUUAGUACCACAAGCAUGUAGGUAUCAAGAGUACUUGAAUGGAGAUUUUACAAAUGUUGCUGCCUCAACAAUAUCAUCAAGUUUGCUUCCAAAUUUGGUUUCAGUUUCGCAUCGAUGUGAUUCGCCUGUUAAGGUAGAAGAAGAUAACAUGAUGAAAAAUGCAAAAGAAUGUUGUAGUCCUUCUUCUACCACCUUAGAAACUUGGGGAGAUUUCAUGAAUGAGGAUGCAAAUGAUGCUUAUUGGAAAGAUUUCAUUGAACAACAUGCUAGCCAACCAUAGUCAACAUCUCAUGAAAGAUCACAGCAUUUUGUCAGCAAUAACUAUUGGGAUUUCAUGUCAUAUUAUAAGGAUCAACACAUUGUUCAUUUUGGUGCAAUCGGUUGGUUCAUAUAUAUCUAUGAUGUAUUAUUUGUCUCUUGAUGGUAUACUUUGGAGAUUGUAAUUAAUAUCAUAGGCUACACUUGAUCAUGUUAAUAUUUCCUUAAUAAUGCACUUUUUAAAUUUGUAUUAAUUUUAAGUGUGAAUGGUUAGAAUUAUGCCAUGGUGAAGAAGAUUCUUACAAUCUAUGUCAUAUAUUUUUUCCACAUAAAUUAACACCUUUAAAUUGAAUUGAUUGGGCAUA